AUGGCACCCAAACCCGAUUCCCAAACCCUAACCUCUUCCACGACCACCGUCGACCCAUCAUCUACCUCCUCCAUAGAUCCACUCUUUCAUAUCCUCAAUUUCCUUCCUUACUCCUUCCUCCGCCCGCCGCGCCUCCGUCUCAAACUCCCCACCUUCACUCUCCCUUCCCCCAUGACAGUCUUCUCCUUAGUCCUCCUCACCUACUUCAUGGUUGUCUCCGGCAUCGUCUAUGACGUCAUCGUUGAACCACCUGGUAUCGGUUCAACCCAGGACCCAUAUACCGGAUCUGUCAAACCUGUGGUUUUCUUGCCUGGGAGAGUCAAUGGGCAGUAUAUAAUUGAAGGGCUGUCUUCUGGGUUCAUGUUUAUUGUUGGUGGCGUUGGCAUUAUUUUGCUGGAUCUUGCUCUUGAAAAAAAUCGGGCCAAAAGUGUCAAGGUUUCUUAUGCUGCCGCUGGUAUUUCCUCUGUUGUUAUUGCUUAUGUUAUGAGUAUGCUUUUUGUUCGGAUUAAGAUUCCGGGUUAUCUUCGUUGA